AUGCCUGGACCUAAUGUCGAUUUUACUAAUUCAAAUUUUACAGCAGGUGUCGUAUUUGGGAAUUGUUCUCUCUUAGAGCAACAGAAUUGUGCAGAUGCUGAUAAAGACUUUGAUGAUUGCUAUUCUUUUCCAUGUAAGAACCAAGGAACUUGUGUGGAUCAGUAUAAAAAUUAUACCUGCAAUUGUCUGCCAAUAUACAGUGGCAGAAACUGUGAAGAUGACCUCAGUUCUGAAGGCUGUAAAAUUAAACCCUGUCAAAAUAAUGCAACAUGUAUUCCAAGUGGAAGUGGUUUUAAGUGUACUUGUCAGCCAGGUUUUACUGGCCAAUAUUGUAUGAUUGAUAUUAAUGAAUGUAGUUCAGAGCCUUGUAAACAUGGUAGCUGUAUUGACCUCAUUAAUGGUGUUGAAUGUAAUUGUACAGGAACAGGUUACCAAGGCGAUACCUGUUCGGAUAAUGUAAAUGAGUGUGAACCCUCCAACCCCUGUGGAAACGGAACUUGUACAGAUACAGAUGGUUCUUUCAUUUGUAGGUGUCCUCAAGGUUUUACAGGAAAUUUAUGCAAUGAGGAAAUUAAUGAAUGUAUGUCGCAUCCUUGCAAAAAUGGUGGAAACUGUCAGGACCUGAUUGAUAGCUUUAAAUGCCACUGUGCCUCUGGUUUCAAAGGAACCUUUUGUGAAAUUAACAUUCAGGAUUGUGGUUCAAAUUCUUGUCCUUGGGUGAACAGCAUUUGUGUGGAUCAAAUUAAUAAUUUCACUUGUGAAUGCAAAGCUGGAUACACAGGACCUCCUGAAGCUUGUGAAGAUAUAAAUGAAUGUGCUUCCAAUCCUUGUGAUAAUAAUGCAACUUGUCAGAACUUGGAAAAUGCCUAUAAAUGUAGCUGUACUCCAGGGUUUAAUGGUGACAGGUGUACGAACAACAUUGAUGAAUGUGACAUAAACCCUUGUCACAACAAUGCCACGUGUGUUGAUGGCAUCAAUAACUACACUUGUAAUUGUCUGCCUGGUUUCACUGGAAGCACUUGUCAAGUUAAUAUUAAUGACUGUAGAAAUGAUUCCUGUGUAUAUGGCAUUUGCACAGACAUGGUGCAAGGCUUUAAAUGCGACUGUGUACAGGGCUGGACUGGAGAACGAUGUGACAAAGAUUUUGAUGAAUGCAUUUUAAAACCUUGCCAAAAUGGAGCCAAUUGUACCAACUUAUCCAAUGAUUAUAAUUGUUCUUGCUCUGCUGGGUACACAGACAAGAACUGUUCUACUAAUAUUGAUGAUUGUCAAGACUCUCCAUGUCAGAACCAAGGCACAUGUAUAGAUCUUGUUAAUGGUUACCAUUGCAACUGCACUGAUGACUGGAUGGGUGUUAAUUGCUCCUAUGUCUAUGAUGCCUGUUUUUUUGCUCCAUGUGUCAACUGUGAAGAGAAUAUUAAUGAUUGUGUUAAUAUCACUUGUACUAAUGGCAAGAUAUGCUAUGAUCAUAUCAAUGGCUUUGAAUGUGCAUGUCCAAAAGGCAAAACUGGUAAGAACUGUUCAGAGGACAUAAAUGAAUGUCUUUCAUCACCUUGUAAGAACAGUGGUACUUGUGUGGACAUUGAUGGUGGUUACUAUUGUAAAUGUCGAUAUAAAAUUGCCAAAAUUGACAGUAAUCCUCCUCUAAGUUUUCCAACUGGAUUCAAUGGUACACACUGUGAGCAUGACAUCAAUGAAUGCAACAUUAGAAUCAACAAUCAUGGCAUUUGCCUCAAUGGUGGUUCCUGCAGAAAUCACCCUGGUGACUUCACUUGCCACUGUGACAGCUCUGGUAAAGAUGGUGGUAACUAUUAUGGAGGUCGUAAUUGUGAAGUGGUCUUGGACUAUUGUAAAAUUAAGGAACAGUGUAAGAACAAUGCUACUUGUCUGCCCACAUCAACAUUAGACAAAUAUACAUGCCACUGUCUUUUGGGUUUUACUGGUCGUCACUGUGAGACCAACAUUGAUGACUGUGUCAACCAACCAUGUAUGCAUAAUGGCACUUGUGUUGAUGGUGUCAACUCUUACACAUGUCUUUGUCCAAAUGGUACAAAAGGCAAGAAAUGUGAGAUGAAUAUUGAUGAAUGUAUCUCCAACCCUUGCCAAAACAAUGGCACUUGUACAGAUCUACUUAAUGGUUAUCAUUGCAACUGUUCUGACACAGGUUUUCGGGGAGAUUUAUGUGAGACAAACAUUGAUGAUUGUGUUAAUAAUCCUUGUAGAAAUAAUGGCACAUGUAUUGAUGGAAUAAAGGAAUAUUCUUGUAACUGCCAUGAAGGUUACAGGGGCAAGCAAUGUGAGGAAGAUAUUGAUGACUGUGCUAAACAGCCUUGCAUUCAUGCUAUCAAAUGCUUUCAGCGUUCAGACCGGUCAUUGUAUGGACCCAAUUCUACCUAUCCUGGUUUUUCAAAAUUUUCUUAUAGUAAUGCAACUGGUUACUACUGUUUAUGCAAGCUGGGAUAUGAAGGUACUAACUGUAAAGAAAACAUCAAUGAUUGUGCGAAUCAUGCCUGUCAGAACAAUGCAACAUGUAUUGAUGCAAUUGGUUAUUAUAACUGUAGCUGCAAACCAGGUUAUAAAGGUUUUUUCUGUAGUGAUGACAUUGAUGAGUGCAAAUUCUCAGAAAGCCCUUGCAUGCAAAAUUCCAGCUGCAUCAAUACAUUUGGGUCUUACAACUGCAUUUGUGUACGGAAUGCUCAGCCUUGCAUCUGUCAACAAGAAGUGACAGCAGCAACAUUCUCUCUGGAAGAGUCAAACAGCUUUGUUGAAUACAGCCUCGUAUCUCUGCAAGACAGUCUACAGUCGAACCUUAACUUUUCCUUCUUCUUUACCACUCGACGUCAAAACAGACAGAAAACAGAUGAUAUUUGCAAGAGCCAAAUGCCUUGUCUUGCCAAUGGUACUUGUGAAAAUGUCUACUACAAUGAUUUCAAAUGCAAUUGUACAAGAGGUUUCACUGGUAAAGAUUGUUCCAGCAUUGACUAUUGUUUAUCAGUAAAAUGUGAAGGUGGUUCAGAAUGUAAAAAUGCACCAGAUGGCUAUGAAUGUAUCAGAGAAGCAACAUUUAAUGUGACAUCAUACAUUAACUUUCAAGCAAGUUCAAAACUUCCAGAAGCAAAGAACUUAAGUGUGGAAUUCCGCACGAGAGAAAGUGAAGGCUUCCUUAUCAAAGCAGACAAUUCAGAUAUUGGUUUGCAUUUUGUCCUUCAACUACAAGAUGGAAUUCUCAUGGUUUUUUCAGACCAGAACCAUGUCUUCAACUCCAGCAUUCCUGUCAAUGAUGGUAAUUGGCAUUUGUUCUUCAUCGAGGAAACCUCACCGACAAAUUUCACUAUCAGGAUUACCAACCUCGAACAAAUGUUUACAUUGGUUAAUUCUUCUCUCUCUGUAUUUCUCAAUGGAAUUACAAACAACAGGACUGUUAUAUCAGUUGGGAAAGGUUUUGAUGGUUGCAUACGUGAACUUCGCAUUAAUAAAAACUUACUUCCAUUUAAUCUAACUGACAGGAAUAGCACAAAUUCCUUGGCAUAUGAUAUACUGAAAAGGCACAAUAUUGUACUUGGUUGUAAAGGUGAUAAUGUUUGUGCUUCUUGGUACCAUAAAUGUAAGAAUGGUGCCAAUUGUAUUGAUAAGUGGAAUAAAUACAUCUGUAAAUGUACCAAAGGAUAUGAUGGUGAUUUCUGUGAAAACAAUAUUGAUGAUUGCAAACAGAAUGACUGUGAACAUGGAGCUACCUGUGUUGAUGGCAUUGACUCGUAUGCAUGUUCAUGUGCACCUGGAUAUAAUGGAUCAAGGUGUCAAAAAAAUAUAGAUGAGUGCCAGAUCCAUCCAAACUGUCAAAAUAAUGGAACCUGUACAGAUUUGGUUAAUGGAUAUAAUUGCACCUGUACAGAAAGCUUUACAGGAGACAAUUGUGAAUUCAAGAUUAAUCAGACCUGUGCAUCUCUUAUUUGCAAGAAUGGAACCUGCACUAAGCAUAAUUACACCAACUACAUAGGAAAUACUUAUGACGUUGUGAAUUGCACUUGUGAUGCUGGUUUUGAAGGCAAAGAAUGUGAAUUUGAAAUAAACUUUUGUGAAAAUGUAACUUGCAAGAAUAAUGGUAAUUGCUCAACAAAUAAAGCAAGAACAGGAUUUCAUUGCAACUGCGAUAAUGAUCAUAAUGGUAUUUAUUGUGAGAAUAAGAUUGAUCACUGUGAGUCAUCACCUUGUCAAAAUGGAGCAAAAUGCAAAAACCUGGUUGGAGACUUUGCUUGUGAUUGUUUAAAAGGCUGGAAAGGUAAAACCUGCAUGGAAGACAUUAAUGAAUGUGAAAAUCGAACAGAAUGGUGCCUUCAUAAUGGAUUUUGUAAAAACUUACAGGGUUCUUUUGACUGUAACUGCACAGGCACAGGAUAUGGAGGCCCAUUGUGUCAGUAUAAAGGUCCCUGUACUGAUAACCCUUGUGAGAAUAAUGCUGAAUGUACACAGAAUUAUACUGCUCAGACAUAUAAAUGUCACUGUACACCAGGAUUCACAUCACAGAACUGCAGUGAAGACAUAAAUGAAUGUAAUGCAAAUCCUUGUCAGAAUAAUGGAAAAUGUAUUAAUUCCAUUGGGAGUUAUCGAUGUGAAUGUGACUCUUUGAAUUUCUUGGGUCAAAACUGUCACAUUCCAAACCCUUGCUCUCCUGAGAGAAACCCUUGCAUGAAUAGUGCUAAUUGCACUUACAGUGUCAUUGGAAAUAAUAGUUAUGCAAAUUGUAGCUGUCCUGAUGGCUGGCAAGGAGCAAUUUGUGCUGAAAAGUUGCUUGCAGGCAUUGAUAUAAACAAUCUUUAUCUUUAUAUUGGAAUUCCACUUGCACUUGUAAUUUUGGCAAUUAUCAUUGGUAUUGUUUACUUUGUGCUUUCUGCUCGUAAAAAGAGGGCAACCAGUGGAACAUAUAGUCCCAGUAGACAAGAAAUGUCUGGAUCUCGAGUGGAGCUUGGUAAUGUAAUGAAGAUACCACCAACUGAACGUUUAAUAUGA